ACUGAAGCGAGAAUAGAGAGCAAAGCAAAGCGAAGCAGCAGCUGCAGCUCACUCCUCCCACUCGAGUAGAGCAGCCAACUCCUCUCUCUCUCUCUCGCCGCAGCGAGGAGGGAGACGACGGCGAAUCGGAGAGGGCGUUAGAUCGAAUCGGAGAGGAGGGGAAGCGCGCGCGCGCGCUCGCGUCGCGGGUGGGGGGCGAUGGGGUGCACGGCGUCGAAGGUGGAGCAGGAGGACACGGUGCGGCGGUGCAAGGAGCGGCGGCGGCACAUGAAGGAGGCGGUGGCGUCGCGGCAGCAGCUGGCGUCGGCGCACGCCGACUACCUCCGCUCCCUCCGCCUCACCGCCGCCGCGCUCUCCCGCUUCGCGCAGGGCCACCCGUCGCUCGCCGUGUCGCACCACACCGCGCCGGUGCUCCUCACCACGGCCGCGCCCGCGCUGGCGCCGACGCCGACGCCGCCGCCGCCGUCAUCCACGGCGUCGUCCUCGCUCCCGCCACCGACGCCGCUGCUCCCCAAGCACCAGCAGGCGCCGCCGCCGCCACCGCCCACGCAGUCGCAUCAGCCGCCUCCUCCCGUGGCGGUGAGGGCUCCCCGCGGCGGGCCGCGUCGCCUCAAGGUGCCGCACAUCCUGUCCGACUCCAGCGUCGCCAGCCCGGCGCGGUCGUCGUUCCGGAAGCCGGUGGUGGGGACGCCGUCGUCGUCGUCGGCGUGGGACUGGGAGAACUUCUACCCGCCGUCGCCGCCGGACUCCGAGUUCUUCGACCGCCGCAAGGCCGACCUCGAGGAGGCCAACCGCCUCCGCGAGCUCGAGGAGGAGGAGAAGGCCCGGGGCUACCUCCACCCCCACCACCUCAAGGAAGAGGACGAGGUCGACGACGACGACGACGAGAGGGAGGAGGAGAUGCAUUGCGGCGGAUGGGAGGACGACGACGACCACUACGCGUCGACGACCACCUCGGAGACCAGAUCGGAGGAGGGGGAAAUGGGGAACAGAUCGGAGUGCGGCUUCGCGGCCAGAUCGGAGUACGGCGGCACGGCGCCGUCGGAGUACGCCGCCGCGCCGCUGCCACUGCCGCUGAGGAGGAGGGACGAGAGGUCGGAGGCCGGGGACUCCUCCUCCACGGUCACGGCGGCCGCCGAGAUGCGGAUGGUGAUCCGCCACCGCACGCUGGCGGAGAUCGUGGCCGCCAUCGAGGAGUACUUUGUCAAGGCGGCCGAGGCCGGCAAUGGCGUCUCGGAGCUCCUGGAGGCUAGCCGCGCGCAGCUGGACCGCAACUUCCGGCAGCUCAAAAAGACGGUGUACCACUCGAACAGCUUGCUAUCGUCGCUGUCGUCGACAUGGACUUCAAAGCCACCAUUGGCUGUUCGCUACAAGUUGGACACCAAUGCGUUAGAGAUGGAGUCAAUGGAAGGGAAGAGCCAUGGGUCGACACUGGAGCGUCUUUUGGCCUGGGAGAAAAAGCUCUAUCAGGAGGUCAAGGCUAGAGAGAGCGUUAAGAUUGAGCACGAGAAGAAGCUUUCUACUCUGCAGAGCCUGGAGUACAGAGGGAGGGAUAGUACCAAGCUGGAUAAGACCAAGGCCUCCAUAAACAAGCUGCAAUCGUUGAUCAUCGUGACUUCACAGGCCGCAACUACCACAUCCUCAGCCAUUGUCAGGGUGCGUGACAAUGAGCUUGCACCACAGCUUGUCGAGCUUUGCUUCGCGCUGUUGAGCAUGUGGAGAUCAAUGAACCAUUUCCAUGAGAUCCAGAAUGAAAUUGUUCAGCAAGUCCGUGGUCUGGUAGACAAUUCCAUGGCUGAGUCAACAUCUGAUCUUCACCGGCUUGCCACCCGUGAUCUUGAGGCUGCUGUCUCAGCAUGGCACUCAAACUUCAACCGUCUCAUCAAGUAUCAACGUGAUUAUAUACGUGCCCUCUAUGGCUGGCUGAAGCUCACACUCUUCCAAGUGGACAGUAAUAUCCCACAAGAGGCUUACACCUCGCUGAUCUCUCGUGAACUCACCACCUUCUGUGAUGAGUGGAAGCAAGCACUGGACCGGCUUCCAGAUGCUUCGGCUUCGGAGGCUAUCAAGAGCUUCGUGAAUGUUGUCCAUGUCAUCUACACUAAGCAGGCAGAGGAGAUGAAAAUAAAAAAGCGGACAGAGACAUAUUCAAAGGAGCUGGAAAAGAAGACCAACUCACUUCGAGCCAUUGAGAAGAAGUACUACCAAUCCUAUUCAAUGGUUGGCCUUGGCCUUCCUGGCAGUGGGCGCGAUGGCAUUGAAAGCCAUUCGUUCGAUGCCCGCGAUCCUCUUGCAGAGAAGAAAACCGAGAUUGCCCAAUGUCGGCGGAAGGUGGAGGACGAAAUGACAAGGCAUGCUAAGGCAGUGGAGGUAACUAGAUCAAUGACACUGAACAACAUCCAAACAGGCCUGCCAGGAAUGUUCCAAGCCAUAGCUGGUUUCUCAGGAACAGUUGUUGAAGCCCUUGACGUUGUCUGCAGGCGAGCUGGAUCGGUGCGGUAGAAGCUUGCGCUGCCAGACUUUCCAAGAAACCGUUCGUUAAGUCUUUUUGGGUGGUUCAGUAAUUUAUAUAGGGAAAAUGCAAUAUAUAUAGCUAAAAUUAGUGAUGAGAAUAUGGGGGAGAAGGCUCCCUUGAUGUUUUGCCUUGUUGGGAGUUGGUCAUUUUGGUUGUAGAUAAAUGAUUUUACUCAGGAUUGUUGAUGUUCUUUUGCUUGUCCUGUGAAGUGCAAGGGAAGAUUACAUUGUACAGAUGCUGUGGUCACUUCACCUAGCAAAUCUAACGGCGAGUUAUGCUUGCACUUCUCCCA